CAAUGGUACGGAAGUGGAGGAAGCAAGAAGAUGACCUGCGCCAAGUAAAGAAGACUAAACAGAGUUUCCGAGGGAACAAAGCGAGAUGGCCACAGUUAGAGGACAAACUUGAACAGUGGGUUGUUGAACAGAGAGCAGCAAGUAGAAGCGUCUCUACAGUCACUAUUCGAAUGAAGGCAACAGCGCUAGCACGGGACAUGAACAUCGAUGAAUUUCGAGGCGGUCUUUCUUGGUGCUUUCGUUUUAUGAAAAGACGUAAUCUCUCCAUCCGCACACGAACUACCGUCUCGCAGCAACUGCCAAAAGAUUACCAAGAAAAGCUGGUCACUUUCCGCACAUACUGCAAAAAGAAGAUUACUGAAAAGAAGAUCCGGCCAGAGCACAUCACCAACAUGGACGAGGUUCCACUCACCUUUGAUAUUCCCGUGAACCGCACUGUGGAGAAAACGGGGACCAGUACGGUGUCUGUACGCACCACAGGGAAUGAGAAGUCAUCCUUCACUGUAGUUCUCGCCUGCCAGGCUAAUGGCCAGAAACUUCCACCCAUGGUUAUUUUCAAGAGGAAGACCUUGCCAAAAGAAAACUUUGCAGCCGGCCUAGGCAUCAAAGCUAACCCGAAGGGUUGGAUGGAUAGGGAAAGAUGAGUGGCUGAGAGAAAUUUACGUCAAGAGACCGGGUGGCUUUUUCCACACAGCUCCGUCCCUAUUGAUCUACGACUCCAUGCACGCCCAUAUAACCGAUGCUGUCAAAAAACAAGUGAAGCAAAAUAAUUCGGAGCUUGCCGUCAUUCCGGGUGGAUUAACUAAAGAACUCCAGCCGCUCGAUAUUGGUGUCAACAGGGCGUUCAAAGCUAGACUGCGAGCUGCGUGGGAGCAGUGGAUGACAGAAGGCGAACACACGUUCACCAAGAUGGGGAGACAGCACCGGGCGACUUACGCCACUAUCUGCCAAUGGAUCGUGGAUGCCUGGGCUGAUAUAUCAGUCUCAACUGUGGUCCGAGCUUUCACAAAGGCAGGAAUAAUCUCUGAACUGCCAGGCAACAGCAGCGACACUGACUCGGAUAAUGACGAGGGGGAGCCGGGCAGGUUGGAUGCCGUAGUCGCCCAACUGUUCAAUUCGGACAAGAAUUCGAGGGAUUUGUGGACGGGGAAUGAACUGAAAAAUUGAUAUGACCAACGUCCCAAAUGCUUCAAAUGGCAGCAGGAGCACUGCAUGUGACCGUAGAUAAUGUGGCAGACGCAUCCUAUCCGAACCUCUGAACUAGCCGUCGCACGUUUUGGAUUUGGUGCUGAGGUGCUAAGUGAGUUUGACUGCUAUGAAGAUUUGCCAGAACAACGCUGGAUCCGCUGCGGAGUCAGCUGCUGUCUGGGGGGCCUCCGCUGCUAUGGUUUGCACUCCGCCCCUGAUGGAGUUAGAUUUUCAGUUGAGAAAAUGUUAA